AUGGGGGCGGGCGGCGGGGGGUCGUACCUGGGGGCCCCGCUAGCGGCGGUAGGCGGCGCGCGGCUGGAAGCGCGCGGUUACAAAUAUAUUUUUUUUUAUGGGGGCCCCGCUAAUUUGAAGCGGGCGGCGGGGGGCGGGGGCGGGCGGCGGGGGCGGGGGUCGUACCUGGGGGCCCCGCUAGCGGCGGUGGCGCGCGGCUGGACAGCGGGCGGCGGGGGCGGGGGUCGUAAGCGGCGCGGGCGGCGGGGGGCGGGGGGCGGGGGGUCGUACCUGGGGGCCCCGCUAGCGGCGGUAGGCGGCGCGCGGCUGGAAGGCGGCGCGGUGCGUGGACAGCGGGCGGCGGGCGGCGGGGGGUCGUACCUGGGGGCCCCGCUAGCGGCGGUAGGCGGCGCGCGGCUGGAAGGCGGCGCGGUGCGUGGACAGCGGGCGGCGGGGGGCGGGGGGCGGGGGGUCGUACCUGGGGGCCCCGCUAGCGGCGGUAGGCGGCGCGCGGCUGGAAGGCGGCGCGGUGCGUGGACAGCGGGCGGCGGGCGGCGGGGGGUCGUACCUGGGGGCCCCGCUAGCGGCGGUAGGCGGCGCGCGGCUGGAAGGCGGCGCGGUGCGUGGACAGCGGGCGGCGGGGGGCGGGGGGCCGGGGGGUCGUACCUGGGGGCCCCGCUAGCGGCGGUAGGCGGCGCGCGGCUGGACGGCGGCGCGGUGCGUGGACAGCGGGCGGCGGGCGGCGGGGGUCGUAGGGGGCCCCGCUGCGGCGGUAACGGCGCGGUGCGUGGACAGCGGGCGGCGGGGGCGGGGGUCGUACCUGGGGGCCCCGCUAGCGGCGGUAGGCGGCGCGCGGCUGGAAGGCGGGGCGGUGCGUGGACUGCGGGCGGGGGGGGGCGGGGGGUCGUACCUGGGGGCCCCGCUAGCGGCGGUAGGCGGCGCGCGGCUGGAAGGCGGCGCGGUGCGUGGACAGCGGGCGGCGGGCGGCGGGGGGCGGGGGGGGCGUACCGGGGGGCCCCGCUAGCGGCGGUAGGCGGCGCGCGGCUGGAAGGCGGCGCGGUGCGUGGACAGCGGGCGGCGGGGGGCGGGGGGCGGGGGGUCGUACCUGGGGGCCCCGCUAGCGGCGGUAGGCGGCGCGCGGCUGGAAGGCGGCGCGGUGCGUGGAGCGGGGGCGGGGGCGGGGGUCGUACCUGGGGGCCCCGCUAG